AUGGCGACCACCGAUAUUUCGCUUCUGUCGACGUUUCAGAAACAUAUCGAGGAUAUGCGCAACCUGUCGCUCUGCAAGAUCUGCAUCAAGCCUUUCUACGAGCCAUUUAUCCUCCCAUGUGGCCACACCUACUGCUACUCGUGCCUCGCCAGCUGGUUUGGUGGGUCGCAUAGCAGGAAGAGAAAGAAAAAUUGUCCAGACUGCCGGGCUGAGGUGAAGGUGCAACCGAGUCCGAAUUAUCUUCUGCGAGAUCUCGUCCACAUGUUCAUCAGCCGAGCCGAACUGCUUCCGGAAGAUGAGACCGUCCAGGAACAUCAGCAGGCGAAAGAGGAUGAGGCUGUCAUGCUUGCCGCAGAUCGCACUGGAGUCGGCCUGUUCAAGGGAGCGUUCGUGCAGCCGCGCCACCACCAUCACAUUGUGUCAUGGGGACAAGGUAUCAUGGAUUAUGAGGAUGGUGUUGUUCGCUGUCCCGAGUGCCACUGGGAGUUGGAAGAUGGGCAGUGCCUCCAAUGUGGAUUUCUCCAAUACGAGCCUGGAGACUCGGAGAGCGACUCGGAGGAAGAGUCUAUAGGGUCACAGAGCCUUCAUACCGUUGACACAGACUUCGAUGUCGACGGUGAUGACUUCGACCACGAGUUUGGCAGCAGUAUGGAUCCCCGCUACUAUGAGCCUUACGAGGACUAUGAGUCGCCUACAGACGCAAGUCAGAGUGACCUUGGCGAAUACUAUGGAGAAGGGUUUGUGAACGGGUUUCUCGACGACGACGAUGAUGAUGCCAGUAGCGAGUCAACAAUGACCAUGUAUGACCGGCAGCGGCGCACUGGCCCUCCAACAGGUCCAUUUGGACAACUGGACCAGAUCCGCUCCGAGAAUUCUGAGCCUGGGCCUGAGCCAGGGCAUGGAAGAACUGCACACUCACCCACCAACGGUGAGAUAUCCGAUGCGCCUACCAAUUACGACGAGGAAUCAGAAGCAUCUGAACAAGCGAACACCUAUAUCCCUGCUAGGACGAGGCCUAGACGGAUCGUCGUAAGCGAUGACUCGGAGGAAGGUUCAGAGGCAAGCAAUGGCGGUGAAUCGGCAAGCGAGGAAGCUACGGGGUUUUCAGAUGUUGGACAAGACGAGCAAGAUAUAGAGUCUGAAGACUCAGAUAUUCGACCCCCGCAGCCAUCGGCAUUGCGAAGACAGCGUCUACAAGGCCAGCGAGCCAGACGAACCAACCACAGUCAGCAAACGCAUACGCGAGCGCCUGGAAUUCAGAGCAACCAUGCCCAGGAGAAUGAGAGGCAGCAGUCCCGUGGCAGUUGGCGGCCUGGUGGUCCGAUCGUGAGAAUCUCUGCCCCCAGAGUGAUUUUCCCGCGCCGUCGGAACCGGUAA